CUCUAAUAUACUCUCUCCCUUCCGCUUUUUGCUCUUUCUUGAAUCUUCCUUUCACACAAUCAGACAGAGACAACAUAGAGAUUCAUGGAAAUACCCAACAAGAAGCACCCUAUUGGUUUCUCUUUUGUAUAAAGAGCAACCAACAAUAAAAUUUCAUCUUUUUAUCAAGAAGAUGGCAAUAGAACACAAUGAGCAUCAUCAAGACCAAACCCAAUCUUUCCUUUUAGAUUCUCUUUAUUGUGAAGAAGAGAUUCUACAAAAAGAGACUUCACCACUUCCUAUAUCUUUACAAGAUUUGUUUUGGGAAGAUGAAGAACUUCUCUCACUUUUCACAAAAGAAAAAGAAACAAAUGUGAUCUUUGGCACUAUUAAGAAAGACCCUUGUUUUUGCUUAGCUCGUAAAGAAGUUGUGGAAUGGAUUCUUAAAGUGAAUGCUCAUUAUGGGUUCUCAACAUUGACUGCAGUUUUAGCCAUCAAUUAUCUUGACAGGUUUCUUUCAAGCCUUGAUCAUGUUAAGAAAGAGAAGCCAUGGAUGAUUCAGCUUGCAGCUGUCACUUGUCUUUCUUUGGCUACUAAAGUUGAAGAAACUCAUGUUCCCCUUCUUUUGGAUUUCCAAGUGGAGGACGCAAAAUAUGUUUUUGAGGCCAAAACAAUUCAAAGAAUGGAGCUUUUGGUGUUGUCCUGUUUGAAGUGGAGGAUGAAUCCAGUGACACCAAUUACAUUUUUUGAUCAUAUAAUAAGGAGGCUUGGCCUUAAUAACCAUAUUCACUGGGAAUUUCUCAGGCAGUGCCAAAAUCUUCUUCUCUUGGUCAUGGCUGAUUGUAGAUUCGUACGUUAUAUGCCUUCUGUGUUGGCCACUGCUAUUAUGCGUCAUGUUAUUCAUCAAGUUGAGCCUUGUAAUGCUGUUGACUACCAAAAUCAACUUCUUAAGGUUCUCAAGAUUAGCAAGGAGAAGGUGAAUGAUUGCUGUGAACUGAUAACAAAGCUGCUGUCUAUCAAUUCUAUUUCCCACAAGUGCAAGUAUGAGAGUUCAAAUAGCCCAAAUGGUGUUAUUGAUUCAAUUUACAGCUCAAAUGACUCGUGGAAUUGUUCAUCCACCUAUUCACCUCAUCAUCAUCAGUUUAAGAAAAGAAGAGUUCAAGAACAACAAAUGAGAUUGACAUCUCUAAGCAACAGAGUUUUUGUGGAUGCUGUUGGCAACCCUCGUUAAUACUAUUAUGUUCUGUUGCAUUUCAACUGAAAGAAGAAAAUGAAAAGAGGAAAGAAGAGAAUGGCUGGUGGUUGAAGUUGCAGGGGAAGAAAGAGAAAGGGAUAGUAAAAACAGAAGAAGCAAUUAAGAAUAUCUGCAAUCUGUUUUUUUCCUAUAAUUCAUGUCAAGUCUCUCAUGUCUCUUUCAUGCAUGCUGUUUAUGGACAUAUCUAUGUUGCUCUAUCAUAAAUUCAAGAACAUUUAAUUACUCUCUCUAGGUCCGUUUGCUUGCUC